UCUGACAAUGUGCUCCACCUGUCAAUUCUGACAAUUUGCUCCAUCUGUUGAAAUUCAGACUAGUUGACUAGCGCAGGCGAAAGAAUGGAGACUCCGGCAGUCCAAUAUCUGUCUGAAUGUUUUAUCAGACCAAAGUAUACUCCAGAAGAGUCGAAACAACCAGUUUACUUGUCACCAUGGGAUGUAGUUGCGGUCUUUAUGCACUAUAUGCAGAAAGGCUUCGUUUUUACAAAGUCUCCGGCAUUUGACACUGAUGAGAACCAAAUUCAAGAACUGGUGCAGAAACUAAAGGAGUCUCUUUCUAUCACCCUUAUUCAUUUCUAUCCAUUAGCUGGUCGUCUUGCAACACAGAAAAAAGAAGAGAAUCCUACUGAUUUGGCAUUCUAUAUCGACUGCAGUAAAGGGCCCGGGGCACGAUUUAUUCACGCAUCCCUGGACUUGACUAUAGAUGAUAUAACUUCACCAACAGAUACUCCUCGAAUUGUAGGAUCAUUGUUUGAUCACGGGAGAUCAGUCAACUAUGCUGGUCACACCAAGUCUCUACUGACUAUUCAAAUCACUGAGCUGAUAGAUGGGAUCUUCAUUGGAUGUUCCAUGAACCACAUGGUUGGAGAUGGAACGUCUCUCUGGCAUUUCUUGGACUCAUGGUCGGAGAUAUUCAAAGCUGAGGGGAGGACAAGUGCUAUCUCAAGACCCCCAGUACAUGAUCGAUGGUUUCCACGAGGACCACAUGAUCCAUUUCUUACACUUCCAUUCAUUCACCAUGAUGGAUUGUCUUCACAGGGACAACAUGAUCCAUUACUUAGCCAUCCGCUUAGGGACCAUGAUGAUCAAGUCAUCAGCAGCAUAGAUGAUGGAGAUACAUCGCCAGACGACACGAUCAGGGAAAGAAUAUUUCAUUUCUCAUCAGAGUCAGUGGCAAAGAUAAAGGCAAAGGCAAAUGCUGAACGCAAUACCAAUGAGAUUUCUUCUUUACAGGCUCUGUCAGCUCAUCUGUGGAGAUGUAUCACAAGGGCUCGAAACCUCCCAUCAGAUCGCCAAACAGCGUUCUUUACUAUUAUGAAUGUUAGAUCAAGGUUAGUUCCACCAAUGUCUCAGGACUGCUUUGGUAACUACCUAGAGGCAGCAAUGGCAACAACUGGCUGUGGCGAAUUGCUGGAACAGGGCCUAGGAUGGGCAUCCUGGCUGCUGCAUCAAGCAGUGAUCAAUCAUUCAAAUGAAUGGAUUAAUUCAUGGCUGCAAAAGCCAAUCCUACCUCGUAGGGCUGAUGAGCCUGAUCCCAAUACUGUACUUUUGGGAGGCUCUCCACGAUUCAACAUGUAUGGAACUGAAUUUGGACUUGGGAAGCCAGUUGCAAUCCGAAAUGGGAGUGGAAAUAAAUUUGAUGGAAAAUUGAUAGUGAGUCCAGGAGCCGAAGGAGGGGGAAGCAUGGAUUUCGAGAUUUGCCUUGCACCACAUGCAAUGACGUCUCUUGAAUGUGACAGGGAGUUUAUGGAGACCGUCUCUUAGUUUAUGAAGGGCAAGUUAAUUACUGAGUUCAAGAAUUGUUCCGCCCAUGGUUAGUGAAUGCUAUAAUUUCGAUGCUUGUGAUGAUAAUGCAUAGUAGCAGUAUGGUGAUAUUCUAAAUUAAAUUGCAUCUUGUUAUGGAUGAUUGGGCUUUAAAUUCUUUAGACUUUUUUUUUGUUGCUUUGCUUGUUAAAUGCGUUAGAGGCAGAUUUUUUAUAGCGU